AUUUAAGAGGACUGCACAGGUCAUCGUUCAAAAUGCACGGAUGACAGGAUAACAUAGGCAGAAGAGUUUAGUGGCUCAUUCCUCGGUUUGUCAACAUUUGUCUCCGCGCUUUUGACUGAGCAUAAUGAGCGCGUGCUGUUUGUUGGUAUAAUACGUGACUUUAUUCAUGAAAACCAGCGUCAUGUCACAAGAAGAGCUUUUCCUGGACUCCGCUCAGACGGGUCAGAGUAAUGUCAGGGAGAGCAGGAGCAGAAGCCGACUCGGUCUCAUCGUCACAGGGGUGGUGGGAGGGUCACUAGUCGCCCUGUACGCAGUGGCCGCCCCGUUUGUAGCCCCUGCUCUGAGAAAAAUCUGCCUCCCGUUUGUCCCAGCGACCACAGCUCAGGUGGAGAAUGUACUCAAGGUGCUACGGGCCAGGUCAGGGACGCUGGUGGACAUUGGGAGUGGAGAUGGGAGGAUAGUGAUUGCAGCAGCCAGGCAUGGGUUUCAGGCAUCAGGCUUUGAGCUGAACCCCUGGCUGGUAUGGUACUCUCGCUACAAGGCAUGGAGAGAGGGAGUCCACCACUCCACGUCCUUCCACAUCUCAGACUUGUGGAAGGUCAGUUUUGCUCAGUACUCCAAUGUUGUCAUAUUUGGAGUCCCUCAAAUGAUGGACCAGCUGGAGCUGAAGCUGGCAAAAGAGUUGCCGAGCACAGCCAAGGUGGUGGCCUGUCGCUUCCCCUUCCCUACAUGGGUCCCUGAACAUACUGCAGGGGAGGGCAUAGACACUGUAUGGGUGUAUGACGCAAAGGCAUUCAAAUCACAACUGCAACAAGUAGUGACAAGAAAGACAAUGUCAGCACCAGAGGACACAACAGAUUCACAAACAUAAGUGCUCACUCAGAUGUUGUUGUUAAGUUGUCAUCAGGCAUUGUAAUCCUUUGAUGAACUGUCUGUCUGUUUUUUUUUUUUUUUAAUCCACAUACUUUCUACUCUGGGAUGGACUGAAAUGGCUGAGAAAGACUGAAGUUCUUUUUAAAAAUCCCUGUCACAUCACUGUCUAAAUUAGAUGAGAUUUAGCAGUAAAACAGUAAGAAACCUGCACAGUCAUACCUUAAGCGGGCUGGAAGAUCAAACAAUCAUUUCACAAGAAAAAAAAGAUUGCCUAGGAGUGAUCAGACGUUCAGACGAAGUAUGGUGAACGGUUUCUUGAGUGAGGAACACAAAGGUUCCAAAAGGAAAAAAUCCAAGGCACUCUUCUGGCUAAAAAGUUAAAAGGCCUUUAUUCAGAUGGCUAUUUCAUGAUGGUAUUCAUAAGAUCAUGGACACAGACAUUUCAUAUUUGACACAAUGAUGGUGACUGAGUGGAAAAAGUGAUACUGGCCAUGAAUGAUUGCACUGCAUAACUUGAUUAUGUCAAAGAAGUAGCAGUGCAAGUUACAGUGUUUAUACAGUGUAUGGAAUCACUUUAUCCUUUCUUAACAGAUAAAGGUGUUGGCAAGAGGCUGAUAAAUGUAAUAAGUCUGUCUGAUGGAAUAUUAUUCACCACAUUAGUUUGAAUGGUACCACAUGUGUAUUUCUCAAUAAAAUCAAUGUGAAAUCGUC